AUGAGGCAAACGGAUGUUGCUCAAGUACGGCCGGUAUCCGUGAGGAGCCAUGACUGGACAAGACCAGGUCAUCUUCGCCUCCGCCUCCUGCUGUUCACCCUCUACGCUGUCCUCUACUGGGCCGUCGUUAUCGCUGUCUUGGUAUAUUUCCACUUCAGCCCACUCCUCAUCGAAGGGUUCAACCAGCACAUUGUGUCUGCCCCAAGCACCUUUACCGUCGGCACUCUCAAAUUCGUCAUUACUAUCAUAUCCUCGAUCCUGACUGUCGGGCUGGCCUAUACUGCCAAAGGUGUCCUCGAGAUUGAUCUUGCUCUUCGCUUGCAGUCUGGCUUGUCGGCGAUCAAGCUUAACCGCAGCUGGUCCGCCCUGACUGGCUCAUUGACUGAACUGCCUAGCCGCUACACUUUGGUCUUGAUCAAUGCUGUCAUUGGUGCUGCCGUCCUCAGUAGUCAGUUCGGCGUCUACAUGGCUGAGUCUUCGGAAAGGGUCGCCCUCAAUGUAACAGGGGCCGAGCUUGAUCAGCGCAACAUCGAUGGGGAGGUCCUGCCGUAUUAUCGAGGUGAUAGUUCCUCCUUGUCCUGGUUCUAUAAUUCUAUGACCAUUUCAAACCUGAAAACGUACAAUGCUAAGCUUGACACUGUCGAGUCGUUCGGCAGGCUGGAUAAAAUCUACAACUCAUUGGCACGACCAGCUGACAAGUUCAGUGAUGGCAAUCGGGGCGGCUUGAUCUACCAACACCAGACUGCCUUUGGCGCGCCUUACGACGUAGCCAGCUAUGCUCCUUUCUAUGGCGAUAUGCCUGAAAACAAUAGCCUUUCCAUUUGUGCCCAAACGUUCAAGCAGGAUUCCAUCAGCUGCAAAUGGUACACGACCGAAAAUGGUGCCGUCUCCAACCUCGAAAUCCCUACAUCUAGGGAUGGCGCGAUGUUCAACUUGAAUGAUGGGGAUCUUGGCGGAUAUAGUAAUCUGUCAGUGAAAAUAGACGAGCCCGCCAGCGCAGCUAUCAAGGAGCUAGACUCUGGAGAUUUUGUUGUCAUUUUCGCGUCCGUCUACGACUCCGACUGGCUGUCCUUGGUCAGGAUGGGGCCAUUCCCUACGUACCGUACUUCAAAACUGGCCUCUGGAAGAUGUCUUGUCAAAAAAGAACCUUUUCGCUUCUCCCCAGUUUCAUGGAAACGGAUCGGAGAUGCGGAUGUUGCACUGACCGCUUCGUAUGAAACUGAUACAAGAACAUGCAGCGACAUUAAAGCAAACCCAAACACGCUGCUCCCUCAUACCAACGCAACCAGUGCCGGUAUGGUUCUUGCGGAGCAUGUUGCUGCGCUCCUGGUUCCGCCGGAACAGAAUGGCCGGGGCUUGGGUUGGCUUCUAACGAGUCGGCUCAAAUCUACUCUCUACGGAGCCUACGAAAUUGAAGAUAUCUUGGGAUACGUCAUGCGGGGUCUUGUUUCAGCAGGUAUGGUGUCUCCAACGGGUCGAACCGAUACAAUGUCUAUGUCAUCGUACGUUGACGCUAUCUCGUAUCAUAAAAGUUUUGGUGUGCAAGGAGAUGCAUGGGUGCUCGUACUACUAGUCUUGCCGGCACUGUCUACUAUAAUCGCUUUGUUUUUCGCGGCAAAGCUUCUGUUUGGUAAAAGGCCGGCGAUGAAGCCAGAGAAUCUCUUCGAGGUCACUAAGCUGAUCCUCGCGCCGAGAACAAAUAACUGCGUCGAGAUUGGGGGAUCACUUGACGAGAAAGACUUGAUGAUGAAAUGGAACCCGGAUCAGGCAAGCAUUGAUUUUUAUGCUAAUUCAGACGCCAGUGUAAUCUAG